GCCCGAGCCAAACCAAAAACCAAACCUUACAAGUGCGAUGACUGCAGUAAACCCUUUUCUUACUUGAAAAACCUGAAAGUUCACAUGAGAAUCCACACUGGUGAAAGGCCUUUUGAAUGCAGCUACUGUGAAAAGACCUUCAUUCAGAAUUCUAUCUUGAAACGACACACGAAAACUCACACUGGAGAAAAGCCCUUCAAAUGCAACUCAUGUGGGAAAAAGUUCGCCCAGGUGACUGCUGUAACUAGACACAUGAGAACUCACACAGGUGAGAAGCCAUUUGUUUGCAAAAUCUGUGGAAAGAAAUUCAGCUGUGGGGCUAAUAGUAUGAAGCACAUGAGGAUUCACACAGGUGAGAAGCCUUACAACUGCAGCGAAUGCGGGAAGGAGUUUGCAGAUUCCUCGGCGUUCAAAAAUCACCUUCGAGUGCAUAUAGGAGAGAAGCCUUACAAAUGCUCUUGGUGUAAGAACGCAUUCACACACAGAGCGACUUUAAAAAAGCACAUUAGGAUCCAUACAGGCGAAAGACCAUUCAAAUGCAGCAUCUGUGGAGAAGGAUUCAUAAACAGCUCAAAACGGGCAAAUCACAUGAGUGUUCAUACAGUAGUCUCACUGAGCAGCAGUUCUUAAAAGACGUAACUGUACUUGACAUGAGAAAAUUAAUCAAAUUGUAGGCCUACUCAACUUUUUUUUUUUUUAAUAUUUUGAUCUUGUAAACGGUUUUUCCCCUCAUGGCCUUGUUUCUAAGCAUAACCACAAUGAACUUUGGCCUUAAAUAUAGUCUUGGAGUUUUUUCCCUUGGCUUUCUAGGACACAUUGCUUUUGAAAUGGCUGUCUGACCCCUUGCACUCGCUUUAAAGGCCGUUGAACGACACAUACUGAUACUGACACCUAAGAGUCGACUGGAAAGUGAUGACGUCACAACUCUUGUGGAAAUGGAUAUAGACAUUGUGAGACCCAGAGUCAGCUGUUGUCUUGGUUGUAACUGGAUUUUAAAACCCUCUCUAUGAUCAACAGGUUACAACAAAUGCCUCAGUUUCUGUUACAGAAAAAAACACUCUUGGUCCCAUUCUGCCAUCAUGUGGUCUUUUAUAUAUUUGCCCCAUUAAAUUGAUACAUUUUAAAGUAGGUGAUAUUGUGUGCCGUGAUUGUAUGUUAAUGUGCAAAUUGUGAGUUCAUGUUAAGGCUGUCUAUUUCCACUUUUAAUUCUGCAAUCAGCCACCCCUGUGCAGUAUUUUCAUUGGUAUCUAUUUUUAAUUAGUGUGUUGUAGUGACUGAACCUUUUUUAUGUUUGUUUGGCGUUUGUAUUACAAUGCUUUCGUGCAGCUGAUGUAUUUGUCUCUACCUCACUGAAGAUGUAAUGUGAGACUCUUAAGGGUUUCCCUGAUAAAAUCUCAUGUUGUUACAGAGAAACCUUCUAGCAGCACUGAAUCAAUUAUAACC